UGAACCUGUGAUCGUUUGCUCUGCUCUUCGAAGCUCUCACACUCCCUUUCCCUUCCAAGGAACGGGUGAUUGUGUGAGGACGAUGGAGCAGGGCAGCAGGCCCUUGGAGGACUUCCCGGUCAACGUGUUUUCCGUCACUCCUUACACACCCAGUACCGCGGACAUCCAGGUGUCCGACGAUGACAAGGCAGGGGCCACCUUACUCUUCUCAGGCGUCUUCCUAGGACUGGUGGGGAUCACGUUCACCAUCAUGGGCUGGAUCAAGUACCAAGGGAUCUCCCACUUGGAAUGGACCCAGCUCCUCGGGCCCAUCCUGCUGUCGGUCGGGGUGACAUUCAUCCUGAUUGCUGUGUGCAAGUUCCAGAUGCUCUCCUGUCAGUUGUGCAAAGAGAGUGAGGAAAGGGUCCUUGACACGGAGCAGACGGCAGGAGGACAAUCCUUUGUUUUCACUGGUAUCAACCAGCCCAUCACCUUCCAUGGGGCUACUGUGGUGCAGUAUAUCCCUCCCCCUUAUGGCUCUCAAGAGCCCAUUGGGGUGAACACCACGUACCUGCAGCCAGUGGUGAACCCUUGCUGCCUCACACCACCUGGAGUGGUGGCCGCUGCCACGCCAAGCCCUCCUCAGUACUACACCGUCUACCCUUCGGAGAACUCUGCCUUUGUUGACGACCAGGACUACCCCGCCUUCGUGGAUGGCGGAGAUGACAGGUCCAGCCCUGAUGCUGAGCUGCUAGAAGAGACACAGCGGGGAGGUGAGGACUCUGCCGGCUUCUCUCCUCCCCCCUAUGAGGAGAUAUUCUCCCUCCCUCGAUAG